CUAGCAAGGAGGGUAAAGUCCAGUGAUAAAUGAGACAGUGAGCAGUGACAUGUAAAUCCUUUUCCUGGGAAUCUCGGCUGAGAAGCACACAUAAGAAAAUAAAACAAAUACUAAAUACUGAAAAGCAAUGGUUAUUCUCCAAAAGGGAGAACAUGUGUGGUUCGAAAUUACUUCUGAAAGCAAAGUGCCCAUCGGUGCAGUGGUUAAAGAUUCCCACAAUGGAGAGACAAUGCUUGAAGAUGAUGAUGGCAAGGAACACUGGAUCUCUGCCGGAAACAUUAACCGCAUCCAUCCCAUGCAUCCAAGCUCAGCCCAGGGAGUGGAAGAUAUGAUCAGACUGGGUGACCUUAAUGAAGCUGGUAUUGUCCACAACCUGCAUGUCCGAUACAAAGAGAAAACAAUAUAUACAUACACUGGUGCUAUCUUGGUAGCUGUUAAUCCAUAUGAGGAGCUCCCGUUCUACGGCACCGAACAGAUCAAAAUAUACAGGAAUCGGCGGAUUGGGGAACUUCCUCCGCAUAUCUUUGCUUUGGCAGAUGCCUGUUUCUUCAGCAUGCAGAAAAAUAAUAAUGACCAGUGUUGUGUUAUCAGUGGAGAGUCUGGAGCAGGGAAGACAGAGAGCACAAAGCUAAUGCUGCAGUUCUUUGCGUUCUCAACUGGGCAGCAUUCUUGGAUAGAGCAGCAAAUUCUGGAGGCCAAUCCGAUCAUGGAAGCUUUUGGAAAUGCAAAGACCAUCAGAAAUGACAACUCUAGCCGUUUUGGCAAAUACAUAGAAAUUCACUUCUCCAAGGAUAGUGUGAUUGAAGGAGCUCGUAUUGACCAGUUUCUCCUGGAAAAGUCACGUGUGUGCAGGCAGGCUACAGGAGAGAGAAACUACCACAUAUUUUACUGCAUCUUACUCGGCAUGAGUUCAGAACAAAAGAAGAAGCUAAACCUUGGCAACUGUUCAGACUACAAAUAUCUCACUGUGGGUAACUGCAUAGAAUGUGAUGGGCGCAAUGAUACCAGGGAUUAUGCUCAAGUCCGCUCUGCCAUGAAGAUUCUUCUUUUCUCUGAUCAAGAUCAGGCUGACAUAAACAAACUGCUUGCAGCUAUUCUUCACUUGGGCAACGUGGAGCUUCAAAGUGCAAUGUAUGGAAAUCUUGACAGCUGUGAUGUCCGUGAGUCCACCCACUUGUCGACUGUAGCUGCUAUGCUUGAGGUCAAUGCAACGGAAUUGAGGGAUUGCCUUAUCAAACACACCAUUAUAGUACGAGGAGAAAGUGUUUCCAUGCCUUUGACAUGCUCCCAGGCAUCUGAUGGCAGAGAUGCUUUUACAAAGGGCAUUUAUGGCCGAAUGUUCAUGUGGAUAGUGAACAAGAUCAAUGAGGCUAUUUUCACGCCGAUGCCCAAAGAAAGAGAAAAUGAACGGCGGUCUAUUGGCUUAUUAGACAUCUUUGGUUUUGAACAUUUUAAUACAAACAGCUUUGAGCAACUCUGCAUAAAUUUUGCCAAUGAGCAUCUACAGCAAUUUUUUGUGCGUCAUAUAUUCAAGUUGGAGCAAGAGGAAUACGCUGCAGAGCAGAUACAAUGGCAGCUUGUAGAAUUCUCGGACAACCAACGCACACUGGAUAUCAUUGCUCUACGGCCCAUGAACAUCAUCUCACUUAUAGAUGAGGAAAGCAAAUUUCCCCAGGGAACAGAUGCUACUAUGCUGACCAAACUUAAUAGCAUUCACAGCAAAAGUAACAUUUACAUUGCAUCUAAAAGUGUGCAUGACACGAAGUUUGGAAUAAACCAUUUUGCAGGAAUUGUAUAUUAUGAAACAGAAGGAUUUUUGGACAAGAACCGUGACUUGCUGAGUACAGAUUUUAUCCUUAUGAUCCACUCUUCUACCAAUAAAUUCUUGAAGCAGGUCUUCCAGCUAGAUAAAAGUGCUAAUAAUGCUUCCAUUCGUGGAAUUAUCCGAAACGCAGGCUUCAACAGCCAGAAGAUCUCAGACACAAACAAGUCUUUACCUACUCUUGGAGGACAGUUCAAGCAGUCACUGGAACAGCUGAUGAAAAUUCUGGGAAAUUGCCAGCCGUACUUUGUUCGUUGUAUCAAGCCCAAUGAGUUUAAGAAGCCAUUGCUCUUUGAUCGCGAGCUUUGUAUUCGGCAACUAAGAUACUCUGGAAUGAUGGAGACCAUACGAAUCCGAAAAGCAGGAUACCCAAUCCGUUACAUCUUCUCUGAUUUCUUUCACAGAUUUCGAGUGUUGUUGCCAUUAAAUUCUGAAAGUCGCAAGACGUGGGAUCACCAGGCUUGCAGUGUUGAUAUUUGUGGUGCUGUUAUUGGAAAACAUGAAGACUGGAAAGUAGGAAAAACAAAACUUUUCAUAAAGGAUUUCCAUGACACCAAACUGGAGGUGGAGCGUGAAAAAGCCCUCAUUCACAAAGCUGUCAUUAUUCAGAAUGUUUUAAGAGGGUAUAAAGACAGGAAACUGUUUCUUAGACAAAGAAAGGCUGCAGUGAAGAUCCAGGCAGUAUGGAGGGGUUUCCAUAACAGGAAAACAUAUCUGAAGAUGCGACAUGGUUUUCAGAGGUUGCAGGCACUGGUGAGAAGUAGACAGCUUCGCCAGCAGUAUAAGAAAUCUCAGUUGGUCAUUACAAAACUACAGUCAAGAUGCAGAGGUUAUCUCCUGCGACAGAGGCUUGCUCGAGAAAAUAAAGCAGCAUUGGUUAUACAGACUUACACCAGGGGUAUGCUGGCUCGUAACAGUUACCAGAAACAAAAAUACAAUGGGUUCAUGAUUCAGCAACAAUUGGCCAUGCAAGAGCAAAGGAGAAUGAAGCAGAAGGAAAUGCUUCAAGCCCAAGAGAAGGAAAACAUGGCCAUGGUGGAGCAAGUCUUUGGUUUUUUGCCUGAUGAUGACAUGGAUUCUCCACAAUUUUUGGUUGAAACAGACCUAGAUGCAGUGCCUCUUAAGCUGGGAAAGGACAUCGACCACCUGAAAGAGUUUACUUUUCCCAAGUUUGCUGCAACCUACUUUCAGGGCUCAGCGACGGAUAACCAUAUUCGGAAGACAAUAUACCAGCCACUUCUAUAUCACGAAGACCAAGGCGAUGUUCUGGCCUCAUUAGCUGUUUGGAAAAUUAUAUUACGUUUUAUGGGGGACCUUCCUGAACCGGUAUUAUAUGCUGCCAGAUCUGCAAGCCAAGGCAGCUCUGUGAUAACACAGAUUUAUGACACCUUAACCAAGAAAGACAAAAUUCAAGCUGGAAUAAAGGACAAUAUGCAAGGAUCACAAAGAAACAAUCCAAGAGUGAAUUUUUCCAGAGAAAUUUCCUCCAUGAAGCUGAAACGAUCUUCAAAACUAGCUGUACAGGUUUCAAAUCAGCUGAGCAGUGGAAAAGAUAUAUCAGAUGAUGAAAGCUCUCUGAUAGAUAAACCCAUGUCCAUGUUGGAGAAACUACAUUUCAUUGCUGGCAAUGGAAUCCUGCGUCCUGAAAUCCGAGAUGAGAUAUACUGCCAGAUCUGCAAGCAGCUCUCUGGAAACAACAAUAAGUCUAGUUAUGCUCGUGGAUGGAUCCUGCUGUCUCUUUGUUUGGGCUGCUUUCCACCUACAGAAAGGUUUUUCAAGUACUUGCAGAACUUUAUCCGUGGACAGCAGAUAGCACACAGUUCUGUGUGCAUGAAACAGCUGAAUCGUGUUGCAGCUAAUGGAGUCCGUUCAGAACCUCCCAGCUGGCUAGAACUACAGCAAAUGAAGGGAGCAGCAUCUCUAGAAAUACCUAUCAGAAUCAUGACUGGAGAAACUGUAGUCAUCCAAGCAGAUUCUGCAACCAAUGCAAAGGAGGUCUGCAGGAGUAUAUCUCAGAAGCUAAAGCUGGUGGAAACUUUUGGAUUCUCGGUUUACAUAUCAAUUUAUGACAAGGUGUUGUCACUGGGAAAUGGGUCAGAGCACCUGAUGGAUGGUAUCUCUCAUUGUGAACAGCAAGCCAGAGACAAGGGCGAGCAAGAGAAACACGCACCUUGGCGACUGUUUUUCCGUAAGGAGAUUUUCACACCAUGGCAUAACUCUUCAGAGGAUCCUAUUAGCACAGACUUAAUAUAUAAACAGGUCAUACGUGGCCUGUGUUUUGGAGAAUAUCGCUGUGAGAAGGAUGAAGACAUGGCAGAGUUGUUGUCUAAACACUACUAUAUUAAAUAUGGUGUGAUUUUGAAGGAUGAGUUCAUACAGAGUGCUGUGAAAGACUGCAUACCAUCAAAGCAACUGCCCACUAAAGGCAAUCACUGGGCAAAUUUGUUGAAAGAAAAGAAUGCUACGGCUCAGUAUGUGACAAGUAAGACUCCAGUACCAGAAGUAAAGGAGACGGUGGUGGAUUACUCAUGGCUGCAGUGGCCACUGUUGUUUUCAAAGUUCUUUGAAGCAUCCAAGUUUUCUGGACCUAGCAUCAACAGGAACCAUUUUAUUGUUGCAAUAAACUGGAAGGGGGUUAGUUUUCUAGAUGAAACCGAGAAGAAACUACUGGAUCUUUCUUUUCCUGAAUUAAUUGGCAUCCAUACUAAGAGGGCUGCAAAGCAGUUUGGUCAGUGCUGUGUUUUAAAUACAGUUCGUGGAGAACAAUUUGUCCUAACAACACAGAACAGUGAAGAAAUCUCUAAGCUGCUUCUUUACUUUGUGGAUGGCCUUAAAACCAGAUCUGUAUAUGCAGUGGCCCUGCAGGACAGCUCCCGGACAGCAACAGAGUACAACAACAAAACAGAUGAGCCUGAGCUUUUAGGUUUUCGGAGUGGAGACCUUCUGCUGCUUAACAGGAGUCCAGAGUUCCAAUCAGGGCCCAACUGGAUCUUUGCCAAGAAUGAGAAGACUGGCAAUAGCGGAGCUGUGCCUCUUGAUGCCAUCCAUAUUGUACCAAGCCUUAGUAAACCCACCCCUGAGAUAAUUCGACUGAUUGCAAUGUCUCCAGAACAGCGCAGAUCAGAAUUUGUUAAUACUCAGACUGAUGAGUUUGGUGAGCAAGAAGAGGUAAAACCAUACACUUUGGAGGAGUUUGCUAUGCAGUAUUUCAGGCCUCCAGAAGCUGAGUCUGUUUCCAGCACCUUUCUUCAGAGAUCGCGAGCUAAGACUCAACUCUGGGCUUACUCCAGGGAGCCCCUCAGACAGCCUCUGCUUAAGAAGGUGUGCGAUAUACUCGAUCUACGGGAUUAUGCCUGCCAAGCUUUCACUGCUAUCAUGAAGUACAUGGGUGACUAUCCAUCAAAGCAGGCUCGCUCCCCAGUGGAAUUUACAGAUCAGAUAUUCUCAGGCCCCAUACGUGAGGAAGCUCUAAGAGACGAAAUCUAUUGCCAGAUAAUAAAGCAAAUGACAGGAAACAACAACAGCUAUAGCAUGGCCAGUGGAUGGCAGUUGCUUUGGCUCUGUACAGGGCUGUUUCCACCCGGCAAAGUUCUCUUGAACCAUGUUCAGAAAUUCACUGAGAAUCGUCAAAAAGAGCCACUAGCCAAGGACUGCAGAACCAGGAUGCAAAGAGUGCUACAAACUGGUGUCAGGAAACACCCCCCUCACUUGGUGGAGGUUGAAGCCAUACAACAGAUGAGCACCAAGAUCUUCCACAAAGUGCUCCUGCCAAAUGACACAGAAGAGACAAUUGAAGCUAGGACUAACACCAAGGUGAGAGAAGUUUGUCAGACUAUUUCCAGCAAACUGCAGCUAAACUCUUGGGAGGGCUUCAGCAUCUUCUUAAAAAUAGGAGACAAGGUUAUCAGUAUGAACGAGCAAGAUUACUUCUUUGAUUCCCUGAGGCAGCUGAAUGACUAUAUCCGGAAAAGCCGUCCCACUGCAGGGGCGCCUACAUUUUCCAGUUUUCAGCUGUAUUUUAUGCGGAAGUUGUGGGUCAAUGCCAACCCAGGAAAGGAUAUUAAAGCUGAUUGCAUAUUUCACUAUCAUCAGGAGCUUCCAAAAUAUUUGCGUGGAUACCACCGCUGCUCUGUAGAGGAUGCUGCAAAUCUAGCUGGCCUGAUAUACAAAGUACAACACAACAAUGACCGAACCCAGCUUGCAAAUCUAAAUAAGAUCCAGCGAGAUUUAGUUCCAGAGUGGCUGCUGCGCCUUGGUACACCAGAAGAGUGGAAGAGGAACAUCAUAUCUGCUUAUAAUAAACAUGAGAAGAAAACAGUGGAUGAAGCGAAGGUGUCAUUUCUGAAGCAUAUUUGCAGAUGGCCAACAUACGGUUCUGCUUUCUUUGAGGUCAAGCAAUGCUCCGACCCAUCAUACCCUGACAUUGUGCUCAUUGCGAUAAACAGGCUUGGAGUAUCACUUUAUCACCCAAAGACAAAGGAGUUGCUGGUGAAUCACCCUUUGAACAAGAUUUCUCGCUGGAACAGUGGCAAUACAUACUUCCAGAUGACAACUGGAAGCCUUGUGAGAGACAACAAGAUCCUGUGUGAGACUUCAUUGGGCUAUAAAAUGGAUGACCUGUUGACAUCGUACAUCAACUACUUUCUGUUAAAGCAGCAAAAUGCAAAGGAUCCAUAGUGCAGCUGUUCUGAGACCUCUAAAUAUACUCAAACUGAGAAAUUAAUUGUAGCCAAUCCGUGCCUGAUGCUGAGUUCAAAAUAAAACAUGGCAGUCGGAAUGGUGACUACAGAAACCAGUCUAUCCUUAAAUCACCAGCUGGCACCAGCAUCUGUCUUAUCUGUACUGAUAAACAUUAGUGCCUAGUGUUGUAUUCAGUUAAAUGAAGAGAGAAAUCUAUUCUGUGAUAGGCCAUCUGGGAGACUUUUGUAAUGUCUUUUAUUUUACACUGAUUGCCACAAGAAAUAUCUGUUCAUUGACAAAUAAUUGCCAGGCUCCAGCAAAGCACAUGUGCAAUGCCUGCCCUUUCCACAGAGCAUCCCUGUGCCACAUCAGUGCCAGAACCAGUAAAUGUCACAAACAAUAAAACAUUCUUAAAGGAGUUCUAUGGUCACAGCAUGCAGCAUUUAUUUUCAUAACAUCAGCAUUGUAAUAGCAAUACAGUCAGUAGGUAUUUUUGACAAUCUAGUAUAUGCUUAUUUGAAAAAUCUCCUUUCAUGCUGCGAGCACUGCCUGUCUGCAGGUUAUAUCUUUCCACAACUUCCUGAAUUCCAUCUAUACUAUACUUAUCUGCUUUUUAAUUUUUAUUGCUGAGGACUACACGUCCCAUGGUAUCUUGCUCUCUGCAAGCUGUAAUUCCUGUACUUUAUACUGCCUUCUGGAGAUCCUCCUCUCAGCACCUAUGUUCUUCAGAAGGCAGGUUCUGCAGUGCCUACUUACAGGGCAUACUGAAUACAUGUCAGAAAUCAAAGAAGUAAUUGUGUGGGUAUCUUCGCAAAGUUUACAAACUUCAAGAUCAUUCAGAUUGUAAGGAGAAGGCUAGAAAUAAUUCAACUGCAAUGUUUAAAUGAAUAUAUGAUUUGAAAUUUUGAUCAUAGAUACACUUUAAGCACUUAUAGCAUUAUAAGUAAGUAAGUCAUUCACCACUUCCCUGCAUCAAACUGCCAGAUGAUUAAAAAAACCUCUCCCCCUUGUAGCAAAAGAAGACUUAAGUUAUGGCUAUAGAAUACAUGUCGCCAAUACUUUAACAGCUGUCACCUAGUGGUCUACAGGACCUUUCAUUUAUUCAAGCUUUCAUGUUGCUUUCAAGUAAAUCUCCAGCUGGUAAGUAAUAGCCAGGAAAGCAUGCAGUAUCUGCCCUUCCAAAUAGUAAUAAUACUGACUUGCAUCUAUCACUGCAAUUACCAGCCCCCACACAGUACAGCUAUCAAGCCACCUUCAGGACACUUGGCAUCUUUUGCCAGCAACCAUUUUGCUGUGAGUUUGGAAGCCUUAUAUGCUGGUGCCUUUAUCAGAAACAACCUAUGCAACGAGCAUAAAACCUCACAGUACAUGACAGGUAAUAGUAUUUGUUUAUGUGGCUAAUGUAACAAUAAAACAGUUUUGAAAUUAA